GUGAUCAGGGCACCGCGGGAGACCCGGCGCUGUGGCGGGGCACUUCCUCGGAGGCGCUCCCGCUCCACUCCCGCGGGGUCAUGCGGCGGCUCUCCAUGGACAGGAUCGUCAGGGUGACGCACUCGAAGCGGCUGAAGUCGCUGUGGACGCUGCUGAUCCUCUCGCAGUUCCUGGUCCUGCAGAUGUCCCUGGACAUGCAGAACCCGUACGUCGGGCAGUACCGGGUCGACCAGUACGGCAUCCUCGCGAAGGUGUUCGAGGGGCCCAUGCGCGAGCGCCUGGACCAGGCCACGAACCGCACGCUCUGA